AUGGCCAAAGUCGACACCUCCGCCCGACUGGCGCAUCUGCGCCAGCUCAUGCAGAAACACGAGGUAGACGUCUACGUCAUCCCCUCGGAAGACGCCCACUCUUCGGAAUACAUCGCGCCCACCGACGCCCGACGCGCCUUCCUCACAGGCUUCACAGGCUCCGCGGGCACGGCAGUAGUGACGCAAGAGAAGGCCGCGCUCGCGACGGACGGGCGCUACUUCAACCAAGCCGCCAGCCAGCUCGACGAUAACUGGACGCUGCUGAAGCAAGGGCUGCAAGACGUGCCGACGUGGCAGGAGUGGGCGGUCGAGCAGGCGGAGGGGGGCAAGAGCGUAGGCGUGGAUCCGACGACGAUUACCGCGCCUGAGGGAAAGAAGCUGGGGGAGAAGAUUGUGAAGAAGGGGGGCAAGGGACUUGUGCCUGUUGUGGCGAAUUUGGUGGAUGAGGUGUGGGGUGCUAAGAAGCCUGGACGGCCGAAUGAGGGGGUGAGAGUGCUGGGGUUGGAGUAUGCGGGGAAGAAGUGGGAGGAGAAGGUUGAGGAGUUGCGCAAGGAGUUGGAGAAGAAGAAGGCCGCGGGCUUUGUGGUUAGUAUGUUGGAUGAGGUGGCGUGGUUGUUCAACUUGCGGGGGAACGAUAUCCCAUACAACCCGGUGUUCUUCUCAUACGCCCUGAUUACGCCUACGACGGUGACGCUGUAUGUGGACGAGUCGAAACUGGGCGCAAAGGGAAAAGAGCAUCUCUCCGGCGUCAGCAUCAAGCCCUACGACGCCAUCUUCUCCGAUCUCACUGCGCUGGUGAAGUCGGACGAGCCCGUGACGAACGGCACAGCGCAUACUUCUUCAUCAUCAUCACCGCCGAAACGAAAAUACCUCAUCUCCACCAAAGGCUCCUGGGCGCUCUCGCACGCACUCGGCGGAGAGGAGAAUGUCGAGGAGAUCCGAUCGCUCAUCGGCGACGCCAAAGCGGUGAAGAACGACACGGAGCUAGAAGGUAUGCGGCAAUGCCACAUCCGCGACGGCGCCGCACUAUCCGAAUACUUCGCCUGGCUGGAAGAGCAAAUCCACUCGGGCACGCAGCUCGAUGAGGUCCAAGCGGCAGACAAACUCGAGUCGAUCCGCAAAACCAAAGACCACUUCGUCGGCCUCUCCUUCGACACCAUCUCGAGCACUGGCGCCAACGCGGCCAUUAUCCACUACAAGCCCGAGCCGGGCAGCUGCUCCACCAUCGACCCCGCGAAAAUCUACCUCUGCGACUCCGGCGCGCAGUAUCUCGACGGCACCACCGACACGACGCGCACGCUGCACUUCGGCCAGCCGACGCCAAUGGAAAUCGAGGCCUACACCCUCGUCCUCAAAGGCCACAUUGCCCUCGAGCUUGCGGUCUUCCCCAAGGGCACGUCGGGCUUCGCCAUUGACGCUUUCGCCCGGCAGUUUCUGUGGGCGUACGGGCUGGAAUACCGGCACGGCACCGGGCACGGCGUGGGCUCGUUCCUAAACGUACACGAAGGCCCGAUCGGCAUCGGCACGCGGGUGCAGUACGCCGACGUGCCGCUGGCGGCGGGCAACGUGCUCUCCAACGAGCCCGGGUACUACGACGACGGCAAUUUCGGGAUCCGGAUUGAGAACAUGUUUAUGGUGAAGGAGGUGCAGACGAAGCACAGGUUUGGGGACAAGCCGUCGUUUGGGUUUGAGCACGUCACGCUCGUGCCCAUGUGUCGGGCGCUGGUGGAUGUUGCGCUGCUGACGGAGCGGGAGCGCGAGUGGGUGAAUGCGUAUCAUGCGGAGGUGCUGGAGAAAACGGGGGUGUUUUUCAAGCAGGACGAGCGGACGAGACGGUGGUUGGAGCGGGAGUGUGCGCCGUAUUAG